AUGAAGCGAGGCUUGAAAAAGCCAGCACAAGAGGUUGGUGUUAUGCCAAGUUAUCUUUGCCGUGAGGAGAAUGGGGUUUACGCUAGGAGCAUACAUGUGGAGGCUCAAUCUUCCAACACAGUCAGAUCUGGUAUGGGUGACGCAGCGAUUAACGGCAGGGAGAGUCCCAUGGCACCUGUUGAGGAUACUAAGGCAGGGUUGGCGGAGCAGCAAAUGCGAAAUGUGGCAGAGGUUCUAGACUUGAACUUCUUCUGGACUGGAGAAAGACUUUUGGAACGAUAA